UGACCCGUCAUGUCGUCUCCUCCGCCCCCCAGCGACCAUCUCGCCGCGCCCGAGCCCGAGCCCGACGCGCUCACCCCCGCGGGUCCGAGCCCGAGCCAGAGCCGCUUCCAGGUGGACCGGGUGUCAGAGGCCGCGGGGGACGGACACACAGCGGUGGCCCCCGACUCCCCGCCCGAGUACGCGUUCCGGGAUCCCGUGGCCGGCGGAGAGGAAGCCAAGGGCCGGUUUCGGGUCGUGAACUUCGCGGCCUCGAGUCCGGACGCGGCGCCGGCGGAGAUCGCGCAGAACGGGGAUACGGUGAUGAGCGAGGGCAGCCAGCAGCACCAUCACUACGACACCCACACCAACACCUACUACCUCCGCACCUUCGGACACAACACCAUCGACGCCGUGCCCAACAUCGACUUCUACCGGAGGACCGCGGCUCCGCUGGGCGAGAAGCUGAUCAGACCCACCCUCUCCGAGCUGCACGACGAGCAGGAGCCGUUCGAGGAUGGCUUUGCUAACGGCGAGGACCUGACUCCUGCUGAGGAGGCCGCGGCUAAAGAAGCCUCCGAGUCUAAAGGAGUGGUGAAGUUCGGCUGGAUCAAAGGAGUGCUGGUGCGCUGCAUGUUAAACAUAUGGGGCGUGAUGCUCUUCAUUCGAAUGACAUGGAUCGUGGGCCAGGCUGGAAUUGCGUAUUCCUGCAUCAUUGUUAUCAUGGCCACUGUAGUGACUACCAUCACGGGCUGCUCCACCUCUGCGAUCGCCACCAAUGGCUUUGUACGAGGAGGUGGAGCGUAUUACUUAAUAUCUCGAAGUCUGGGCCCAGAGUUUGGCGGCUCCAUUGGUCUGAUUUUUGCCUUUGCCAAUGCUGUGGCCGUGGCUAUGUACGUCGUGGGCUUCGCAGAAACCGUAGUUGAGCUGCUCGAUAGCUCUGGUGCACUCAUGUUCGAUGUGAUUAAUGACAUCAGGAUCGUUGGGACCAUUACAGUCAUCCUGCUUCUGGGCAUCUCAGUGGCUGGGAUGGAGUGGGAGGCCAAGGCUCAGAUAUUCCUCUUGGUCAUUUUGAUCACUGCCAUCUUCAACUACUUCAUUGGGGCCUUCAUUCCUGUUGAGUCCAAGGAGAAAUUUGGCUUCUUCAGCUAUGAUGUGGGCAUAUUGGCGGAAAACUUUGGCCCAGACUUUCGAGGGGAGACGUUUUUCUCAGUUUUUUCUAUCUUCUUCCCGGCUGCCACUGGCAUUUUGGCUGGAGCCAACAUCUCAGGAGAUCUAGCAGACCCUCAAAUGGCCAUCCCUAAAGGAACGCUGUUGGCUAUCCUCAUAACAGGACUCGUGUACAUGGGGGUGGCCAUUUCAGCAGGUGCUAGCAUCGUGCGGGAUGCCACAGGGAUCGAGAGUAACAUGACUCUCGUUGGUUCAAACUGCACUGGUGCGGCCUGUAAGCUGGGCUACGACUUCACUUCCUGCAGACCUGCAGCCGGAGGUGUGAAGUCUACCUGCGACUUCGGCCUCCACAAUGAUUUCCAGGUCAUGAGUGUGGUGUCCGGCUUCGGGCCCCUCAUCACGGCCGGCAUCUUCUCUGCCACCCUCUCCUCCGCCCUGGCGUCUCUCGUCAGCGCCCCCAAGGUCUUCCAGGCUUUAUGCAAAGACAAUAUCUACCCUGGAAUUGCAGUUUUUGGGAAGGGCUACGGCAAGAACAACGAGCCCCUGCGAGGAUAUUUGCUCACCUUUGGCAUUGCCUUGGCCUUCAUUGUCAUUGCGGAGCUGAAUGUCAUCGCCCCGAUCAUUUCCAAUUUCUUCCUGGCCUCCUACGCUCUCAUCAACUUCUCAGUGUUUCACGCGUCGCUGGCCAAUUCCCCCGGAUGGAGGCCAGGCUUCAAGUACUACAACAUGUGGGUGUCUCUGGCCGGGGCCAUCCUGUGUUGUGUGGUCAUGUUCAUCAUCAACUGGUGGGCGGCCCUCCUGACCAACGUCAUCGUCCUGUCCCUCUACAUCUACGUCAGCUACAAGAAACCAGAUGUGAACUGGGGUUCGUCCACUCAAGCGCUGACGUAUCAUCAGGCCCUGACACACAGUUUACAGCUUUGCGGAGUAGCCGACCACAUCAAAACCUACAGGCCACAGUGUCUGGUGAUGACCGGAGCUCCAAGCUCACGUCCAGCUCUUCUGCAUCUGGUCCAUGCCUUCACCAAGAACGUGGGUCUGAUGGUGUGCGGCCACGUGCGCAUCAGUUCCCGGCGGCCCAACUUCAAAGAGCUGAACAGUGAUAUGAUGCGCUACCAAAGGUGGCUCCUCCACAACAGCUCCAAGGCGUUUUACACUCCUGUGGUGGCCGAAGACCUUCGCCAAGGAACCCAGUACCUGCUGCAGGCUGCUGGUCUGGGCAGACUGAGGCCCAACACGCUGGUGCUCGGCUUCAAGAACGACUGGCACACUGGAGAUAUAAAGGACGUUGAGACCUACAUAAACCUGAUGCAUGAUGCGUUUGAUUUUCAGUACGGUGUGGUCAUUCUCAGACUGCGAGAGGGACUGGAUAUUUCUCACCUUCAAGGCCAAGAUGAUUCUUCAGCUGUGAAGGAUGUGGUUAUUUCGAUGGACAUGAGCAAAGACUCGGACGGAGACUCGUCCAAACCCUCCUCCAAGGCCACCAGUGUCCAGAACAGCCCAGCGCUCCAGAAAGAUGAGGAAGAGGAUGGUAAAGCCCACACUCGGCCGCUGUUGAAGAAAGAUGACCGCAGCCCCACUCUUCCUCUGGAUGUGGCCGAUCAGCGGCUGCUGGACGCCAGUCAGCAGUUCCAGCAGAAGCAGGGGAAGGGCACCAUCGACGUCUGGUGGCUUUUUGAUGACGGAGGUCUGACUCUACUCAUCCCCUAUCUGAUCGCCAACAAGAAGAAAUGGAAGGACUGUAAGAUCCGCGUCUUCAUCGGUGGAAAGAUCAACAGGAUCGAUCAUGACCGCAGAGCCAUGGCCACACUGCUCAGCAAGUUCAGGAUCGAUUUCUCUGACAUCACGGUCGUGGGUGACAUCAACACAAAGCCCAAGUUGGAGGGUUUGACAGAGUUUGCUCAGAUGAUCGAGCCGUAUAAGCUGAGAGAAGAUGACAUGGAGCAGGAAGCUGCGGAGAGGCUGAAGAGUGAAGAGCCCUGGAGAAUCACAGACAACGAGCUGGAGCUCUACAAAGCCAAGAGUAACCGUCAGAUCCGACUGAACGAGCUGUUGAAGGAGCACUCGAGUACAGCCAACCUCAUCGUCAUGAGCAUGCCGCUGGCCAGGAAAGGAGCCGUCUCCAGCGCUCUUUACAUGGCCUGGCUGGACACACUAUCCAAAGACCUGCCGCCCAUCCUCCUGGUGCGUGGGAACCAUCAGAGCGUCCUCACCUUCUACUCGUAGAGCGCUCGGAGACAAGCACAGCACUUCAGACUCAUGAUGAUGAUGAUAGACAUUUCUCCACAGAGCUGAAACAAACAGACUCCUUCAACAGGGACGAUCUGGGUUUAUAUUGUCGUCUGCUCACAGGUUUCCGAGCACACCUUCUUACACUGAUUAUCACUGUUAUCCUUAUUAUGACUGUCACAACUUUUUGACUUGUGGAUUUUUUUUAUUUGCUCUUGAUGAAGCAA